AUGGGAGAUGUUCAAACCCCAUCCAGCGCCAACGAGUAUCCAAUCGUGGACUCUCACCAAGGCUUGAACGCUGCAGGUGCUUCGCCGUAUCUGCUUGACGAAAAGCCAAGAAUGGAGGCUCAAAGUGCUUCUGUGCCGCAGCAUCACCAGCAACACUACGGCCCCCCGCAGCAUGCCUUCUCGUCCCAACUCGACAUGACACAGCAAGCUGUGCCUGGCCGCACUGGAGCGUUCAACAUGAAUGGUAUGACGAACGCGCUACCGCAAGCAGCUAUGAGACAUGGACCAUAUGUGCCGGGUGGCCAACCUCAACACCAGCAGCAGACACAGCAGCAGCGAUUCAAUCCUGCAACGUCUUCGCCAUCGAUGAUGCCUCAGAUGCCUCAGAUGGCUCCUCAGUUCCCCGGCCAAGCAGCGAUGCCCAUGGGCAACCCCCACUACUACAUGCCUCAACACCCUCAAAUGCAUCAUUAUUAUGCCAGUCAGCUUUCUCCGACUCAGCAACAGGCUCGUCCGACAAUGGGUUUCUACCCGAACCAAAUGGUUAUGAACCAUCCUCAGAACAGCCAUAUGCCUCAGGGAUAUUACUAUGCCCCGUCUGGCCACUAUCCUUCUCAGAACCAAGUCAUACCGAACCCGAUGGUCUCAGCGCAGUACCUAGCAACAGCGAACACUACACACAACGACCCGAGAAUCGUACCGGCUGUAAAUGGCAUCGAUCAACCAGGCACACAUCAUAAUUACAAGUCUACUGAUGUUGGAGAGGGUAGGUCUGGUAUCGUUCGAGGCCCACCGCGAAAGCCACGGCAGAGUGGCCAUGCAAUAUGGAUUGGAAACCUGCCACCCCAAACUGACCUGAUGAGUCUGGUGCAUCACGUCUGCAAGGAGGCGAAUGGACUUGAAUCUCUUUUCCUCAUUUCGAAGAGCAACUGCGCUUUCGCAAACUUCAGAGACGAGCAAACAUGUGUUACAGCCCAGCAAAAAUUACACGACUCGAAAUUCCAAUCGGUUCGCCUUGUCAGUCGACUUCGCAAGAGCACAGUUGAAGGCGUGACUGGGGUGACGGCACCUACUGGCCCCGCGGCAUCAUCAGGUUCACAAACUCCGCACGAGACUUCUUCCCAGCCUCCUGUUUCGGACGGCACCACGGAAGUCACAGUUCCAGAGACAAAUGAAGUCAAGUUGGCUACACCAUCGGAACCAACGUCUCAGAAGGACAAGUUUUUUAUAUUGAAGAGCUUGACAGUGGAGGACCUGGAACUAAGUGUCAGGACUGGAAUAUGGGCAACCCAGUCCCAUAAUGAAGAGACCCUUAAUGCUGCAUUUAAGGCUGUCGACAACGUCUAUCUAGUUUUUUCAGCGAACAAGUCGGGCGAAUAUUUUGGGUACGCGAGGAUGACGUCGCCCAUUAACGAGGAUCCGGCCGCUGCAAUCGAGUUUGCCCCCAAGGCACAAUCUGCAAAUGAUGUCGACCUCCCAAAGGCGAUCCCAACCGAAGCCACGGAAUAUGCGCCCAAGGGCAGGAUCAUUGACGAUUCAGCUAGGGGAACCAUUUUCUGGGAGGCCGAACGUGAAGAUGGAGAGAGCGGAGAUGAAGAGGAGGAACAGAGCGAUGUGAGCAGUAGGAAAAGCGGAAAUCAGGAGGGAGAGGGGACGACGAAGGCCUGGGGAAAGCCCUUCAAGCUCGAGUGGCUGUCGACCGCACGACUACCCUUCUACCGAACUCGUGGACUGAGGAACCCUUGGAACUCGAACCGAGAAGUCAAGAUUGCGAGAGACGGCACGGAGUUGGAACCUUCUGUGGGGCGGAGAUUGAUUGGGCUCUUUAAUCGAGUGCAGAGCCCCCCAAACUCUGGAGCAGUACCAGCUGCUAUACGGCCGGGUAUGGCGAUGAUUGCAGGAUAUCCCCCCAUGAGGCCUCAAUUCCAGCAGUGA